AUGUCGCAUAUCACUGUAGAGAGGAACAGAAGAAGGCAGAUGAAUGAGCAUCUCAAAGUUCUGCGCUCUCUCACUCCUUGCUUCUACAUCAAAAGGGGUGAUCAAGCAUCAAUCAUUGGGGGAGCAAUAGAGUUCAUCAAGGAAAUGCAGCAGCUGUUACACUCACUGGAAACCAAGAAGAAGAGAAAGAGCUUAAGCCCCAGCCCAAGUCCAAGCUCAAGGCCAUCAGUCUUGCAGCUCACUUCCCCACCACCUCUGGCAAGCUGUAGCCCUUUUGAGGCUGUGAAGGAACUCAGUGCUUGCUGCAACUCUUCAGUGGCUGAUGUUGAGGCCAAGAUCUCUGGUUCUAAUGUUAUUCUUAAGACACUUUCAAAGAGCAUUCCAGGUCAGGUGGUGAGGAUAAUUAGCUUGUUAGAGAGAGAGGCAUUUGAGAUACUUCAUCUCAGCAUUAGCAGUAUGGAGGAUACUGUGCUCUACUCCUUUGUCAUCAAGAUUGGACUCCAAUGCAAGCUCAGUGUGGAAGAGUUAGCUUUCGAAGUACAACAGAGCUUUAGCCAAGAAUUACUGGCAUUGACAUUUUGA